ACCAGAAGAAGUCGAACACGGCCGACCGAGAGCCGAGACCCCCCAAAACCUCCAAAAUAAUUCCAAUUCCUCCCCUCCCACAGUUCCACUCCAUCCCUCGCCCCGGCCCCUCCUCGCUCCGGAGCCUCCUCCCGGGCCACCGCCAUGCUGCCCGCGCGCUUCCUCAAGCUCUCGCUGCUAUGCCGCCUCGGCGCCGCCCGUGCGGCCGGAGUGCCCCCGCCGUGGCAGACCAGGCAAUUUCCGGUGCGGGGUUUCCAAUCUCGAGGUUAUUCUGCCGGAGGAAGCUCCAAGUAUGAUAGACCGAUGAGACAGUUUGCUGAAGAGAACGAGUCAAAUUCUCGGCCACUAAUAUAUUACAUUGUCCCAUCUGCCAUUCUAGCCUUUGCUGGACUAGCCACUUAUGUUCACUAUAAUGAUGAGAAGCGUGCAGUUCCCUUAGGUAAACAAGCACAACAGAACAGUAUUCCCAAAAGGUGCACUACCAACAGACCUGCAAUCGGAGGACCAUUUAAGCUCUAUGAUACAGAAAACAAUGUGGUGACUGAAUCAAAGCUUCGAGGGAAUUGGACGCUGAUGUAUUUUGGCUAUACAUCUUCCCCAGAUGUGGGGCCGAAAGAAGUUGAGAAGAUCGCUGAUGUUGUUAAGCUGUUAGAGUCAAAGUAUGAUAUCAAGAUUAAACCACUCUUCAUCACACUUGAUCCUCAACGUGAUUCACCAGCUCAGCUUAAGGCAUAUCUUAGUGAAUUCGACCCAAGAAUAACAGGAUUAACAGGCUCAGUCGAUGCAAUAAGACAGAUGGCACAAGAAUACCGCAUUUUCUUUAAAAAAGUUGGUGAAGUUGGUCAGGAUUAUAUUGUAGAAAGUUCUCAUAACAUGUAUUUGCUAGACCCAUGCCUGGAGACAGUAAGAUGCUUUGGAGCUGAGUAUAAGGCAUCAGACCUUGCUGAGGCGAUAACAACGGAGAUCCAGAAAGCAUCUAAUUCAGCAGCAAAGUAGUCUAGUAGAUUGCCUGUGGUAGCUUUGCAGAUGUGAUGGUGAAAGAAUUUAUCUUCUGAUCGUUAAUUGGGCCUAAUUCUUCAGUAUCGGUAGUUUCCAAUGUCUGCUCUGAAGGUCAUCCCCUACCCCUGUGCAGCCUUGCCGGUGACAUGGCGAACCCUUCAUUUUGCCCUGCCUUCAAGUGAUUCAGGAUCCUAUUCCUAUCCUCGCUCUUUGCUGUAUAACUAGACUUGAGCAGAAGUGUAGAGUGCCUCACGCGACGAAUGUUUUUACGAAGUUACAAACCACCUGCAGUUUGGCAAUGCCUGCCUGAGUGAUUUUCAUACCAUCGUGUCCUCAUAUAACUCCAUGCGCUGAAACCAGAUGUAAUCAUGCUCCGUAGCACGGACUCGGGAACUCAUUAAUGCCUUUUGGAUGAGGUGAACAAGAAGCUUUA